AUGGAGCGAUACACGAAUGAACGCUUUCUUAUUGUGAAAUUGUUUUACCAAAAUGGUGAAAGUUUUGCGGCUACAGUUCGCAAAUUGCGAUCAAUUUGGGGUCACAAUAAUGCUCCAAAAGAGUCAACUGUAAAGAGAUUAAUGGAUAAAUUUGCCGAAACUGGAUCUGUUAGUGAAGUAAAGACAACAACGCGCCUUCGACCAGGUCGAUCGACCGAAAAUGUCGCAGCUGUACGUGAUGAUGUCGCUCAAACUCCAUCCACCUCAAUUCGACACCGAGCUCAGCAAAUUGGUGUCUCCAAAUCCACUAUGCAGCGAAUUUUGACGAAAGAUUUGCAUCUUCAUACAUACAAAGUUCAAUUGACUCAGGAACUGAAGCCAGCUGACCAUCGACAACGAAGGGAGUUCGUUAAUUGGGUAUUGGAGAGACAACAUGAAAAUGCUGAUUUUGCCGAUAAAAUCAUCUUCAGUGACGAGGCCCAUUUCCAUCUUGAUGGCUUCGUCAAUAGGCAGAAUUGUCGCAUUUGGGGUGAGGAAAAUCCUCGAGUGAUUCACGACAAGCAAAUGCAUCCUCAACGUGUCACUGUGUGGUGUGGUUUUUGGGCUGGAGGAAUCAUUGGACCUUUUUUUAUGAUAAUGAGGCAGGUCAAGCGCAGACAGUCAAUGGUGUUCGGUAUCGUGAAAUGA